GUCACACACCCACAUGCACACAAACACAUGCAGCACGGCUGAGAGCGGUGGGUGGAAGGGGAGGAGACUGUGUCUGGUAAGGUUGAGCUGUUUACAGUGUGGGUUUAUAAAACAGCAGACGGGGGGGCUGUCCCUACAAAGAGAGGGAGCAGGGAGGAGAAACGACAGACAAGGAUAGAGAGAGUGACUGAAAGAGAGAGAGACGUCUGAGAGGGUCUGCAUACGGUCUGCACAGGACAGAAUGAUAAAACAGCAGGCAGGCAUUGGAGAGUAAGCUUUUUGUCAGCUGACAUCCACUACAGUUGCAACGGCGUACGAGAUGCUGAUGUGAGAAAAGCAAGAUCAACUUUGUAUGCGUUGUAUCACAAAAGGGCACUUUUUGUCUCUUCUGAAAAGGGCAGGAAUUGAUGAGUUGCCGCAUCUAAGAGCGUCUAGUCAUGGGUGACUGUAGGGAACUUACUGAAUAGAUUUUAGUGCUGCAUCAUGGUUCAGCAAAGGAGCCACAAAUACUCGUCAGUCAUGGACAGCGAUUCCACCAGAGAGGCGUUUGCGGGACUGGCAGCAGAUGAUGACGCUGAGGUGUUUGGCCACGUACCGUCCAACAAAGACCCCAACUGGUGUAAAACCCCUACUGGGCACAUAAAGAGGCCAAUGAAUGCUUUCAUGGUUUGGUCUCAGAUCGAGAGGCGAAAGAUUAUGGAACAGUGGCCUGACAUGCACAACGCUGAAAUUUCCAAGCGUCUCGGAAAACGCUGGAAGAUGCUCCCUGAUUACGAAAAGAUACCUUUCAUCAAAGAGGCGGAGAGAUUGCGCCUCAAGCACAUGGCCGAUUAUCCUGACUAUAAAUAUCGUCCCAGGAAGAAGAGCAAGGGGUCCACUCCUGUGAAACUUGGGGAGAAGCUUCCUCUCAAAUCCAGCAAGUCCUAUUCGGGAAGAUCUACUAAAGGGCUAAAGAUCAAACCUGCUUCUUCCAAGCAUAGAAUGAACUUCAACAGCAAUAAAUAUAAGAGCUACAGCGAGAGCAUAAGCGACGAUGACACAGUGGAUGUAGACUUGGAAAGUCCAGUGAUACUGCAAGAAGAUCACAACCAGUCGAGACAUUUUGUCCUUCACCAGCAAGCAACCAACUCCUCUGAGGACCAGCAACCAGUUUUUGAUCUCAGAGAGAAAGUGCCCAUCUCUCAAACCAGCAACAUCCAGAGUCUCCCUUCUGAUAAUGAGUGCCCGACUCCUCCAGAGCCACGGGGGUCGACCUCAGGUAGAUCCUCCACACCGACCUCCACCAGCUCCUCUUCUUUGGUGUCCUCUGCCUGUUCAGAUGAGGAACUGGAGGAGGAACUCUUGCACAUCAUAUCUAACAGUAUUCCUAUGGACUGCUCAACUCUGGACAAGGACUUUGAAGCAUUUCAUGCCAACUCAGGAUCCCAUUUUGACUUCCCAGAUUACUGCACUCCAGAGGUGAACGAGAUGAUUUCUGGAGACUUGCUCGUACCCAGCAUCUCAGACCUAGUGUUCACUUACUGAGGUCAAAUGUAAUGUGACAGGGCCUGCAUAGCUGCCAAUUUGAAAUAUCAGAGGUCCUGAAAAUAUUUGGUCCAUGUCAAACUUGGACGAUUCCUUUUUUCCAUGUGUUUAUUUUUCUCAAUGAAUUCCAUAAGUGCUAUUGCUUUUCCGUUCCAAGCAUGUCACAUCUUGUUGGUUUAGCUAAGAGACACGCAGGCCUCUGCAGAGCUGCUCAGUAAAAUGCUCAGUUUAUCGAUUUCUAUGAAGAGACAUCCACAGACAUCAUCCGGGUGUAAUUUUCAGUUACAUGAAACAAAGUUCUAACAGCUGUCUUGAUAAAUGUUUUAAAGCUUACAUUAAUGUCUCUAAGCAUCUGAUGGGCAGCAAUAAAACUUAGAUCGGUUCCAGGCGAAGAUCUGUAUCUAUUUAAUAUCCAGUCAUGUAAUUUUCAUGACAGCUUAUAACAUUGAUUGUGCUGUGUUGCUACCCUUAAUCAUCUCCAAGAGACGUCAAUGAAAGUUUCGAAAAUGUGCAGAUCCCCUGACAGUAUUCUUGCAUUAAUAUAAAAAAAAACUAGAUUGGAAAGAAUAAAAAGGAAAAGAUGAGUGAAUUUGUAAUGCGUAAUAAAAUUUGCGUCCUAUGUAACGCACACAGCACAGCAACCAUAAUGCGGGAACCUAGCCGAGAAAAUCACUGCAGACAUAAUUCAUAUCAUAUUCUUUAAUUAGGUAAUAGCACUUUCAUCGCCUCACCAUUGCCGCAGACCGACGCACAUGUGUGAUUUAAAGGCAGCUCUGCAAUGGCCCUGCGUGCAGGUGCUUGUGUGUAUGCAAGUCUGUUGUGCCUGAACUGUUUGAACUGUGGACAGAGGGUUUGGGGUGUGGGGGUUAGGAUUGGUUCUUUCAGGAAACUGUGCAUCUGUCCAUGCAGGCAGCAGCUUUUAUGCAGGGGUCGAACCCUGCGUUCACUGAGCGUCUGCUGGGGGUGGGCAGGCGUGGGGGGCCUCCUGCACCGGUUCGCUAAAACACGCUUAAUGUCUGCAGCCCGGCUGCAGCUGCCCCGAUCGGAGCGAGAAAUCUGUGUCUGCCAGCUGGCCCCCAUUGACUCUCUCAGGGAUUGUUUGUCUAGGUCCUAGUGCCUCCCGUAGGUAAUUCAUCUGUGAUGAUCUGUGUGUGUGUGUCUCUCACCCACACUCUCGAAGAAACCAUCUGAGGUGACAGAUUUCUCAUUGGGUUUCCAACAGGAUCCAUUCCUUUUUCACCAACAAGCUCUUAAUAAUUUCAGCUCAGUUUGGCACAACAACAGUUAAAAGAAGGGACAACAAACCCUGCAGUUCAUAUCUUACAUAAACUGCUAAUCCUCUUCAAUUCCUCAAGAUUCUGUGGCAUGGUGCGCACCAUCAGCUGAUAGCUGGAGACGUCAGAAUGAACCUGCUGGGUGGUUUAACCUCACUGUUUGGACCACUAAAUGACUACUUUUGUCACAUAGACCACAGUGGCAUACAUAGUUUUCACCUCGCUGUGUUCCUUACUGUAGAAAAGAGCUGACUGAGAUAGUUCCUAUCAACUGUAUAACCAAUAUUUUAGAAAGUCCUAGUUUUACCAGCCAGUUUUUAGUACAUACUGUAAAGUGACACCACAUACUGAGGUACAAUCACACACACAAGUUAUUCAGGUAUCUGUACUUUAACUGAAAGUGAAACAUAUAUAGACAGGAAAGGAAACACGGUCUGUGGUACACGAGGCCUUCUUCAUAAAACACAAACAUAUUUGAGGAAUUUGAGCAAUUUGUACAAAGAGGAGCAAUAGGCCUCAACACAUAUGUAUAGUAAUGAAAAAUUUAGUGCUUUAAAAUGGAAAGCAUUUUGAUGCUCAAAACCGUAGAAACCUUUUAGAAGGUUCCUGGACAUUUUCAUUUCUUUAAGACUGGAGCAAUGGACAGUAUUGAUUCAUAAUACAGUAGUGUUAGUUGUAUUAUGAAAAGCAAAUAUCAAGUUUGCAUGCUUCAUUAAUCAGGAUAGUGAAAGAAAUUUAAAGGCUUGAGCCUACAACAAUCAUCAGGGAAUUUUUCAGGAAUGCAAUACAUUCACUAUUGUAAUCCAGAUCUUGCACACUCUAAAUGUGGCAGCAUUGUUGAAUAAAAUGGUCAAAAUUUGGUCACAAACUGUCACUUGGGCAGUACCCUUAUGUGAACCAUUUAGGUACUCUUUAGGACCAAUAUAUACCUCUGAGGUACUAAUAUGUAGUUUAGGUGCAAAGGUUACCCCAGUAAAAGCUAGGGACCGUUUUUUGACCAUAUGACAGUGACAUUCUGAAUUGAAUCGCCACACCUGAAGUUCACAACUAGGGACAAGUUCAUGCAUUAAGACAGGGAUGGGGAUCUUCGGUCCUGGAGGGCCGGUGUCCUGCAGAGUUUAGCUCCAACUUGCCUCAGCACACCUGCCUAAAAGUUUCUAGUAUGCCUAGUAAGACCUUAAUUGGCUGCUUCAGGUGUUGGAGCUAAACUCUGCAGGACACCGGCCCUCCAGGACCGAAGUUGCCCAUCCCUGCAUUAAGACAUGAGCCAAUCAAAUCUUUCGUACACUAUGGAAAACUGUAACAGGUUACACACUGAACCAAUACAGUACCAGACACCAGCAGUCAAACGGACUCAGGACAAAAACAUCAGCCCACUGUGGAUCAAGGAUGCACUCCAUUGUAUGUUAUUGUAGAUGAUCUGCAGUACAACUGUAUGUAGCAUCAAAGGUCAAUCUGCAAAGUUGUACCUUUUUAAGUAUUAAAUAUCUUAAAAUCCAAUAUUUCUUUUGGUGCAUUUUUCAGCUGUAAAUAAAACGUGUAUUUAAAUGUAUUGCACUUGUGCUCUGCCAGCAUGUUUUUAUUUGCCCAUUUGGCAAUCACUUUUUUAAUUUUUUCUUAUGCAGUUCUGAUGCUGUCAUUUAUUGUUUUGAAAUUUUUGAAAAAGCACUAGAAAAUAGGGUAGACACAUCACAGAUGGGCUCAGGCAAAUUAGUGUCAAAGUGAUAAAUGCAGAAAGCUGUAUAUAACUGAAGCGGUGUAAAAAUACCCAUCUGGUCUGCACCUCCUACUCUGGGCUGGCGAUUAAUGAAUAGCAUUCGGUGGGACUGAAAGCCAAGGACAAUGCUAAUUUCACACAGGCAAGACUCAGCUUUGCUAAACCUGUCAUAUGUGGAGCAUGCGAUUUCUCAGAGCUAUAUAUGUCUGUCAGAAACCUGCUGCCAACAGGCUGCCAAAAAUCACUCAGAAGCGCCACCAAUAAAGUGUUAAAGAGAAUCCCUUUCCAAUCAGGACUGAAGAUUUUGACAGCAUUAUAUCCAAAAGCUGAUGGCUUUUCAUGCAUUUUAAACAUGCAUCAGUGAUGAGCUUCACAUUUAAGUCCAGAGCUUAUUAAUAUUCUGAACACUCAGUGGUGUUUCUUUAUUUAUUACAGUUAAAACAAAGAUCUUUUUUUAAAUCACAUUUGUUUCAAAUGUGAAGAGUUAAGAUUCUCAGUCACUAGCUAAUAAACUCUUCUACAUAAAAUACAGACUACAAACUAUGCCCCCCAAUGAGAUCUGCCUACAUAGUUAGCUGCCUACCACCUACUGAGUGGUUUGAAAUGCUUGCGUUUGGCACCAACUACAAACAGCGUUAUGCACAGCAUAAUCAACUCUCAAAUGACUUCAGAUUUACUGUGGAUGCUAGGCUACUGGAUACUCCAUUAAUAAAAAUAAUCAUGUAUAGCACACAAACACUGGGAAAAUUGAAAGAAAUUCUUAAAGGAA